UGAUGCAAUUUUUAUUUUGUUUUCAGUUGAUGAGAAAGUGUUGGAGAGACACAUUUUGUUUACGAAUGACAAAAGCAUCUGCGCCGUUCCUGUAUCUGUACUUGGCCUCGGGAGCUCAUCCAUCUUUUCUAUACAUUGUGAUCUGGUGAAAGGGGAUAGCUACGUUACAAGGUUUGCCGUAAACAUGAGGACAAAAAUGGUAUUUUAUACAAAUGAUUCAACAAUAUUUAAACAGCCCGCAUUCAAAGAAGAUCAAAGAGAAGUGCUUUACGAAUCUGCUGGUAUAAUUAUAGAUAUGGAUGUUGACUGGAUAAGUGGGUUGCUAUAUUGGAUAGAGAAAGACAACGGUCAUCUCUAUUAUGUUCAUGAAAGUGGUCCGGAAGUUUUUGACGAACAAUUAACAGAUUCAGAUAUCACUAAUAUAGCUGUUGAUCCACACAAUAAAAAAGUUUAUUGGAUUUCGAGCGUUUUAGAAGGCACGGAAAACAAAUAUGUUCUGAGUGCAUGGAGUAUGAAAACAAAGACAACAGAAAUAAUACCGACAUUAUUGCUUUCCAAACCGUCUGACUUAGAGUAUGACAGACUUAAAGACAGAUUGUUGUGGAAUGACAAUGAUGGACAUAUAGGAAUGAUAAAUACUGACGGAACCGGCGAGAGAAAAUAUGACACUGCAACCACAGGGGAACCACGACAUGCCGUUACAGUUUAUAAGAAUUUCAUUAUAUCGUCAACAGGAGAAAACAGGCAGUUUGAUAUAGUCUACGAACUAGAUAAACAAAGGUUAAGUGUGAAUUUACACAAAGGGUAUGACGGAUUUGUUGAAGAUGUACAUGUUUAUGAAAAAGCAUUGCAACCAUUUGAUCUUGAGUCGUGCGAAGUAAACAAUGGGGAUUGUGAACAUGUAUGUCGAAAAGGGAGUGAAAGAAAAUGUGCUUGUUUUCUUGGAUAUGUUCUUAACGAUGACAACAAGUCAUGUCGGUCAGCUGUUCUGAAUGAGAAGUAUUUUGUUGUACUGGACGCAGUUCAUAAAGCGCUGUACCAGGUUGACCAGGAAACAAAAGCUAUACAUACCAUUACAAUCAGACAAGACAAUGUUCCUGUUGGAUUAGCGUUCGAUCCCAAAAGGAAAGGCGUUAUAUGGGUUGAUAAAAAAACUAACUCAGUGAAAAAGAUAACAUUAGGAUCAUCUGACGAGACAGCAGUGAUGUCUGGUGUUGAUAAUAAUGCGGAUAUAGCAGUAGAUGUAUCUUCUGGAAACAUAUAUAUCUCAUCUGGACGGAACAUAUCCGUAAUCAGACAUUCUUUUCAUUUACUGACGAUAGUUGAUUCAACAAAUAUAAUUGCAAACAUUGGAAAAAUUGCUGUAAUGCCUCAAUCUGGGUAAUCAAUUUUUUUACUUUUAAGCAGUUUAAUUUUAACACUUUAUUCUCCCAAGAAACAAUACAAAAAUUAUUUAAACUAUUGGUUUGGAAUUUUCUAGUUUUUACCACGUCUUUCUUUCAUUUCUAAGGUUGAUUAUUAUUCUGUGACCCUAGGCUUGAUUUUCGAAGACAAUCAUAAGAUUUUACAUGGAGGCUAUGUGUCAUUAAAUAUUGAAUGAAAUAUAAAAACUAAUCCGUAUCCUAUUCAAAAAUACCAUUGAGUUAAAAAUAAAUGGAUCAGGUGCAGGAUGACUUAUUGAACAAAGAUUUUCGCGUAUAUGAAUGCAGACCGACCUAUUCUAUAGACGAGGAAAAACAGUUUA